UAUCUCUCGGCGGCCUCGUUUCCUUUCGACGUUGCCUUUGGGCCCCCAACCAAUCCCUUCCCGAGCAGCGACCUCACACUCAACGCGCUCGUGCAGCAUGGCGUGCACAUGAUGGACUGCGACCGUGCCUUCCUCUCCCUCAUCGACAACCGCAGUCAGUUCGUAUGUGCUGAGAUGACGCGGGACCAGCCGCUCGUACGUCAGAACCCGCUGCAGCCUCUGUUGUUGGGCAUUUCUAGAAUCGCCCUCGAAUGGGGCGUCUGUCCAUAUACAAUGUCUAUCUUCCACGGCAAGACAGAUGUGGCACUGCCCGAGACGCCUUAUAUCGUCGCCGACAAGUCGUACUUUUGCAUCAAGGACUUUCGCCGAAUCCCUUCAUUCGCGGAACGACCUUACGUUGUCGGUUACCCACACAUGGUGUCUUAUAUCGAAGUACCCCUGCACUCUCUUUCCGGACACAUCAUAGGCAGUUACUGUGUCGUCGACAACAAGUCAAGAGACUUCUUGGCCCCUAAGGCUCUAGACACCAUUCGGGACGUCACUCAGGCCAUCAGUUCAUACUUGAAUACGAAACGAGUCGAAGCAAGCCGAACACGAUCAGAGAGAAUGAUGGAUGGACUCCGCUUCUUUGUCGGGUCGGACAGACAUGUCCCUUCUCUCGGCCAUGGCACUAUUGAAACUGGCGGAGCUCAAGCAGGCCCAUUCGAUCUCAACGUCUUCAGUCAGACCCCACGCAUGGGCUUGAACUCAAGUGCAGAUGAAAGUGUAGAGAACGACCGGCCCAUGGAUGCAAACAGAGACCGAGGCAUACUCGCAGACCUGACUGACGACGUCUCUCGGUGUUCAAUCGGACUUCUCUCUCUUACUUCGGAACCUUCAGCAACGAUUACUCCAGAUGAUACACCAACGCCCCCUGAAACAACAGAUUCUAUCAGUCCAUGGGAGUCAACGCUGUACAAUUUCGAAGAUGAAUCUCUCCAACCAACAAUUCAGGGACCCAAUGCUUCCGAACGAGCUACAUUGGACAUGUCCUAUCAUAUUAACAAACUUUUUACAAAAGCUGCGAAUGUGAUUGGCUAUGCCUUGAACUUGGAUGGGUUAGUCUUUUUUGAUACGAUUUCGACGGACGCUCAGUACGCGGGAAGCCGCUCGUCAUCUUCGUUCACAGUUGAUGGGAUCGUGGAGCCAAUGACACCUGGAGAUAGUCUCUUGGCGAUGCCGCUUUCCGAGUAUCGAUGCGACGAUGGGGCCCUGGAGGAGAUCAUUCGCAAGCCUAGCCAAUCAACGAUACAACGGUUGACGGACAGGUAUCCACAAGGCCAUGUUUUCGCCAUGGACGAAUACGGCGUUCUCGAUUACGAAAGCGAUCAUGACGGAGAUGACCAUCAAGAUCCAAGUGGCGGCUCAGUUGUCGACAGUGAUUGGAAAGACCUUCUCGAGUGUGUGCCCAAAGCCCGAUACGCAGUCUUCCUGCCCCUGUGGCACUACCAAAGAGAAUCAUGCUUUGCCACCUGUCUGGUUUGGGUAUCCGACACUGCCAAGACCUUGAAUUCCAACGAUGUUAACUCGCUGACAGCAUUUGGAAACUCGUUGAUGGUUGAGAUCCUUCGCCUAGAGGCUUCAACGAACACACAAUCCAAAUCAGACUUUGUCUCCUCUAUCAGCCACGAACUGCGGAGUCCACUUCAUGGAAUUUUGGCGACUGUGGAGCUGAUACAAGAAACUACCAACGACCCACAUCUGCUUUCCAUGGUGGAAAUGAUUGAGUCAUGCAGCUCUACUUUACUCGACACUUUCGACCACCUUCUGGAGUUCGCAAGAAUAAACAGCCGUGCGCACAAUGCACAAUCGGCCAAGACCGAUCGUCCCAAAAAUAGCCCUAGCAAUACUCCCCUGGAAAAGGAGGUAGUUGAUCUGGGCACGCUCGUCGAAGACGUCUUAGAAGUGGUUUCACUGGGUCAUUCUUCUGCCAUGCAGAUGGAGUCCGGCCUCAAAAGAGAGCAACAGGAUGCAUCGGCCAGUCGGAUACAAAUCAAUCCGUCCAGGUCGUUAUUUAUCACAACAUAUAUAGAGAAGAACCGUGACUGGAUGAUGUCUGUCGAAACGGGUGCCUGGAAACGAAUCCUCCUGUGCAUCUUCAGUAAUGCUUUCAAAUUCACGGACACAGGAUACAUUGAUGUCAGCUUGAGGAUUUCGAAGAAGGCAAACAAUAGCCCUGAACAUAUCAGCGUCUGUGUCACCGAUACCGGCAUCGGCAUGAGCCAUGAAUUUCUCAAGUACCAUCUCUUCACGCCGUUCAUGCAAGAGAACAACCUAUCUUUGGGUAAUGGGCUAGGUCUUAGCAUUGCCAAAAGUCUUGUUGAAUCGCUUGGAGGCAAAAUUUUCGUUGAGAGCCGCCACCACGAAGGAACUCGUGUGACUUUCAAUAUUCCUUUCGAACAAAUUGUGGAAUCCUCAACCAACCCGAUAAUACACAGCGCCGGCAUCCCGGAGGACAAAUUACAGAAUCUGUCUCUUGGAUUGAUUAGCAUAGCUUUAGGCAAGCCAAAAACUACUGAGCGUACACCUCGCAUCGUAUCCCCGCCAAAGAUGCUUCAGCGAUCUAUUCGGAACAUUUGUGAGGGAAUGCUCGGUAUGAAAAUUGCAAACAUAUCAGAGAAUACAAUGCCACAGACGGACCUGAUCCUGCUCGACACGCAUACCCUCACCACUACGGACGACCUCAAUCUGGAAAAGCUGUUUUCAAAAGACUCAUUACAAACAAUCCUCCCGCCGAUCGUUGUGCUGGGAACACCAGUGAAAGGAUUGUUACAGUUUUUGGGUGUCGAAAAGAUCACAUGUAUCAAUUCGCCAAUUACUGAAAGAAAGGUCAGGACUGCUUUUCUUACAGCUUUGAAUGCGACCAGUGACAAGGAGGCAAUGUCUACAAUUUCGAUCUCGGACACCGCUGGGCAAGGAGCGUGUCACCAGGUCGCACAAAUAUCUGUGACAGAUGUACACCAGGAGGACAACUCGACAGCUGCUCACAGCGAACGUUCUGGCUUACAUUCAGACGAUCGCUUACACCAGGUUGCUCCAGACGUUGAGAAAGAAGCACUAGAGCAGCUCUGUCAACCACAAACGUCGCCCUUACAAGAGGCAACCACAAUCGAACCUGUCUCACGCCCGAACGUCGUGUCUCGUUUUAGGCGUUUUCUUCUUGUCGACGACAACCCUAUCAAUCUCAAAGUUCUGGCUGCAUUUGCCAAACGUAUAGGCCGUCCAUUUUCCACAGCACCUGAUGGUGCAGAAGCAGUACGUUUGUAUCAAAAAGCGGUUUUGGAAGAAGAAGACCCGUUUGAUUGUGUGUUCAUGGAUAUCAGUAUGCCUGUCAUGGAUGGCUUCCAAGCAGUAGCAGCAAUUCGACGGCUCGAAAAACGGCAGCAAGAAGAGCAAGAAAGCCAAGACUCCCACAACGUCGACAGCGACCGGAAAAUUUCGACCACGACUCCACGCUCAUAUAUCCUGGCUUUGACUGGGCUAGGCAGUGAACAAGCACGCAACACCGCGAAAAGUUCUGGCUUUGAUGAGUACCUGUUGAAGCCUGUGAAAUUUAAGGACAUCUUACCACUACUGCGACCGCUU